CGACCGGACGCAUAUUACAGAUCCAUCUACAGAAAUUUCGAAAGCGCGUUACUGCGAGACUUUUCCAAACACUGCAUCAGACCGGUUUAUUCAUUCCUUUCAACCCUCUAUCAAUCUCGUCGUGUCAUGACCUAGUAACGAGACGUUUGACUAUUCCUUUCGAACCCGUGUUUGAUAGUUUUUGAUUGCCUGUCACAUUCCAUUGCUUUAUGUCAUUCAUUGUUAUAUUAUUAGUCUUCACCUUCUCGGUUGUAUCUAAUCGGUUUCUUCAUCGAACUCUGUUCUUUCUGACCGUCCUUUCUUGCCCAGUCCUUUUCUACCUCUUACUAUGAGCAGUGGUGUCCGACGAUCCUGUUUUUCAGUACUAAAAGAUGCUUGCUCAAAAUGGACUCCAGCUCGUAAAAGAAUUGAAAAGAUCACAGACCCACACACUGCCGGUGUAUAAUGAGGAGAAAAUUCGGAUUUGUUUAGAAGAGAUGCGCAACCUUUAUGAGGCAAAUUACCGUGACGUCUCACUUGUAUCUGGGUCCUCUGGGAUGUCCCAGUCCUCUGUCACUGAACAUCAAGCUGGACGGAUACAGUGUGUCGUUGUACGCCAUGCGGUGUUGGAACGAAACAAACGUUGUCUCUUGGCCUACCACCACGCUCGGCUUAUGCACCUCAAAAGCCUACGAUGGCACUGCGGCGCAGUAUUGCCGAAAAAUGUUCGCCAGUCGUUGUCAGAGGCGGAACAAACAUGGUUUAAAGAAUACUGCGGCACUCUGACAAAUUACAUGCAGGCUAGUACAAGCGACCGAGGCGGAGCCGGAGGAUUGGAUUUAACCCAAUCACUCAUGCCCCCGAAAUCCUUAUUCAUGGAGGUGCGCUGCCUGUUCGAUUUUGGCGAAUACGAAACCGAGGAUGGUAGUGUGCUGCAAAUCACCAAGGACAGUCAUCAUUUAAUGUCCCGUCGCGACUGCGAGUUAUUAAUACGCCAGGGUGUUGUAGAACACAUAACACAUUGACACAGCUUUUGACCUCUUCUUGUACAUAUGUGUUGAAUCCCAGCAAUUGAUUGUAUCGCUAAUUGGGGUGGAUUGCGUAUAUGAAUUUUUAUAGGACAAGAUUCACUGAUGUAAUCA